AUGGCGGACGAACAGCAGCGGUUUGAAGGUAUUCGCUCAAUCGCCGUUAUAGGGGCUGGGAUCAGUGGUAUUCUUGCGACCAAGUAUCUACUUCAAGCCGGUCUCGAUGUGACAGUAUUCGAGCGGAACGAGAAGCCAGGUGGUGUUUGGUUAUACGAUGAGAAGAAAGCUCCUGAGCCGCCUUAUUCGGUUACAGAGCCUCUGGAGGCUUCCCAAGCUUUAUGUCCCUGGUACAAGGAAGAUAACCAACAGGAUGGGAUUAUUUCUGCAGAGGAUGCGCUCAAACAUGCUCCUCCAGGAGCAUGCUACGAUGGUCUUACAAAUAACUUUUCGUUGGCUACGAUUGAAUUAAAGGACCUUCCAUGGUUAUGGGAGAUUCCGAUGACAACCCCGGAAUGUCCUGAUCAUGCAAGUGAAUGGACCACGCACCGCAAUGUUUUACGCUACAUUCAGAAAGCAGCGACCCAAGUGGGAAUGCAAGACCGAGUUUAUUACCGCACUUUGGUUGAAAGAGUGAAGAAAGGAGGCGACAAGUGGAAAGUGACCACGGGGACUUUGAUUCCGAUAGUAUCUGAGAAUACGGAGGAGGAAAAGUUCCAGAUAUCGCAUCGGAAGUGGGAAUUUGAUGCUGUUGUAGUAGCGUCAGGGCAUUAUAAUACACCUCGAUUGCCUUCUAUUCCUGGUCUGGUUGAAUGGCGCGAGACAUAUCCUGAGCGUGUGGAGCAUUCCAAGUCUUAUAGACACCCCCAGAAAUACUCUGGUAAGAAUAUUCUAUUAGUGGGUGCGGGAACAUCUUCAACGGAGAUAGCGCGUGAGCUGGGCCCCUUGGUACAAAAAAUACACCAGUCUGGACGUGGAUCGCGUUUCGAUCUACCACUAGACUUUAUUCCUGAGAACUGUCAGAGAGUGGCUGAAAUAGAAUCAUUCGGGACUCUACAGAAGGUUGCCGAAAGUUUGACAGCCAAAGGACAUAUACCAGGAAAGGUCACCUUAAAAGACCGCACAGUCCUGAAUGAUAUUGACAUCGUGAUUGUGUGCACUGGAUAUCACUUUGCUUACCCUUUCAUGCCAGACCUACAUGCAGAUAAUGGAUUCGCAAAUGUAGAUGUUUCCAAGGUCUUGGUUAAGGACGGGAGCUGCACACUCAACUUACACAAGGACAUGUUUUAUAUUCCGGAUCCAACACUUGCGUUUGGUGGAAUUUCUCAGUUUAUUUCCACUUUCUCGUUCUUCGAGUAUCAGGCGAUGUUUAUUGCUGAGGUGUUUUCCGGCAAAGCAAGUUUACCAAGCCAACAAGAAAUGAGGCGCAUAUAUGAGAAGCGUCUGGCACAGAAGGGUGAUACAAGGCUGAUGAAUGGUAGGCAUGAUGAAGAAGUGCCGUACGUGGAUGAGUUGAUAGAAUUGAUUAAUGCUAGUAAUCCGGCGAGACGGGUUGAAGGCUUCUCGCCAAAAUGGCAUGCAGCUCGGGAUGCUGGGAAGUUACAGAAAAUUCGGGCACGGUUUGCUAGAGAAAAAGUUGAAAGAGAGAGAAAAGAGCUCGCAGCAUGA